CAUUGUUGGCCUGAUGACCAGACAUAUGUCAUCAUCAAUAUUUUGUGGCUUGGGUAAAUCUCAUGGUGUCGGCAUUUUCGCUAAGUCGGAAGGUCCGGGUAUUUACCCUGAAAAUUAUAACCUGAAAGAUACACCCCAGUGUCACAACAAAUGUGAUGGUUCAUGUAAACAUACCUGUACAUUCGACGGGCGAAAGUAUGAUUCAAUUGCUGGUCUGACCAAUUCAAGAGCUGUUGUUUUGGAAGAUAAUGUGCUAUGUAACUCCCAUGAUCCUUACGGGCACAAAGAAAAUAUCUUGGUCCACGAAUUUGCCCACUUAGUUGAUAAAUACAUGCCACGAGUAGAUAGAGACAGGUUGAAAUAUGUAUAUAACUACAUAAAACAACAUGGUACCUGGCAGCAUGGAUAUGGUACGGCAAAUUCUGCUGAGUAUUGGGGCGAGGCUACAUCUUCAUUCUUCCAUACAAUAAUCCGCACUGGUGCCGAUCCUGCAGUGGGAAUGAACAAUUGCAACUUCAAUCAUCUGUGUGGUACAGAGAUGGAAAAUAGAGCGUGGUUGAAAAAACAUGAUAUCUGGCUGUAUAAUCUUCUUGUUAAAAUCUACACCAACAACAAUCCAACGGUACCCAGUACACUCAAAGUUUGCCAAUAA